AUGUCAACCAUCAUUCAAGGAUCGCACGAGCUCUUCGCUCGUGAAAACGCUGGCAUAAUGAUAACGACGAAGAACGAAAAAGACGCUGUCUCCGAAGAGGCAGACGCUAAACUUGCUGCCAUGGGCUACAAAGCUGAAUUACCGCGUUCGUUGUCCUUCUUUUCUGUACUUGGACUUUCCUUUGCGAUUAUGGCUGUGCCUUCCGGUGAAUCAGUGACUCUUUCUAUUGGUCUCACAGACGGUGGCCCAGUGACCAUCUUCUACGGCUGGUUAUUACUCACUAUUAUUUCAAUAUGUAUUGCUGCAAGUCUAGCGGAAAUUUGCUCAGCAUACCCGACCUCGGGAGGCGUCUAUUAUUGGUCCGCAAUGUUGGCAAACAAGAGAUGGGCGUCUAUUGCUUCUUGGACAACUGGAUGGGUAGGUCUCGUUGGAAAUUGGACAGUGACUACGUCAAUCUGUUUUUCUGGCGGACAAUUAAUAUUAUCUGCUAUUGGCCUUUGGAAUGAAGCCUAUAUUCCAGCAGCUUGGCAUGUCGUGUUGAUGUAUUGGGCCGUACUACUUUCAGCAUUGUUUACAAACAUCUUAGCCGCGAAAUAUUUGAAUCUCAUUAAUACCGUCUGUGUUUAUUGGACGGGUGCAUCCGUUUUGAUUAUACUUGUCGCCGUGCUGACCAUGGCAAAGGGAGGCAGAAGAAAUGCGGCCUAUGUCUUUACUGAGUUUGAUGCGACAAGAGCGGGUUGGGCGCGAGGAUGGGCUUUUUUCGUCGGAUUACUUCAAUCUGCUUAUACCCUCACUGGUUAUGGGAUGGUAGCAGCCAUGUGCGAAGAAGUUCAAAAUCCAGAGCGAGAGGUACCGAAAGCGAUGGUGCUUUCUGUCGUCGCUGCUGGAAUUACAGGUGUCGUUUACCUAAUCCCCAUCCUUUUUGUCAUGCCCGAUGUCGAUAAAGUGCUCGCUGUAUCAACCGGCCAACCAAUUGGCUAUCUCUUCAUGGUGGCAACAGGCUCAGCUGGCGGCGGAUUUGGCCUCUUGUUCCUUCUUCUCGGUAUUCAGUUUUUCGCUGGAGUCGGUUCCUUGACAGCCGCUUCUCGAUGCCUUUACGCGUUUAGUCGAGAUGGUGCUGUACCAGGUUCGAGUCUCUGGUCAAAAAUUAACAAACAAUACAAUGUUCCACUCCAUGCUUUAUUACUUUCAACUCUGAUUCAAGGUCUCCUCGGCCUCAUUUAUCUCGGGUCAUCGGCUGCAUUCAACGCAUUUACUGGCGUGGCUACAAUAUGUCUUUCUGCUUCUUACGGAUUACCCGUUUUCGUACUUCUCCUUCGAGGACGACAUUUAGUCGAUACCGCUCCGUUUCACCUUGGUAAAUUCGGCUAUGUCAUCAAUAUCAUCACGAUCCUCUGGAUUUUCUUGGCUAUCGUCAUAUUUACGAUGCCAACAGCGAUACCCGUCACGCCUUCGACUAUGAAUUAUGCCAGUGUGCUGUUCGUUUUCUUUGCUGGAGUCAGCAUUUUAUGGUACAUCGUGUGGGGGAGAAAAUAUUUCACUGGUCCACACGUGCCUUCGCUUGAAGAAUUCCAGAAAAAAAGGGUACCAUAUAACGUUACUGUUGUUGGUGUGGGGGAGGAUCGCCGCUGCUAAUGGUGUUUCAUUUUGUUUCAUGUAAGAGCUGAGUGAUUAUCGACUUCAUAUAGGAUAAUUCACACUAUGUUCACAGUAGCAAAUUAUGCAUGCAUAAAUCGUGCAUAACUGGUUAUCUAAGCUUAAAUUUGUUGUGUGAACGUAACCUUAAGAGAGAGUGGAUACCCCCAUAUCAUGGCUCACAUUUUGUGAGCAGAUCGUGGACUAUUCGGUCUGUCUAUGGUGAAAGUUUUAUACUUUUUGAUUGUUCCUUCGUCGAGUUCUGUGAGGUUGUACUGUUACUUCUGUGAGGGAGUACUUUUGGUCUAGCAUAUUUAGAGUAUCUGAUGGGUAAUCUGUCCAGAGUUCAUGUUGGCAGAUAAAAGUUUGGCUUUGAUGUCAAGUUACUCAUCAUGCCAGUAGAGUGAUUAUUUGUGUUCAGUUGACCCAUUUGGAGACCUCACAAGGUUUACAGAGGAAAACUGAGGGAUCUGCGGGGCUCCUAGUUUGAACAGCGGCCGCAAAUCGUGUACUAAAAAUUCGAUUCAUAGCUCAUUAGAGAGAGAACAAGAUGGUGUACUCUUCAUGUUGGACGGAUUUAGUAACCGCUCACAGUUUGUCUCGGACUGAAUUUAUUUGGCUUUUAAUUUACCUUUUGUAUCAUGGUUAAAUGCAGGAAACGAAAUAUUUAAUUCGUUAACUUUGAGAUGGUGUAUUUAAUAGAAAAUAUUAAAUUUAUAUUACUAGUUAAUAAUGAUAAAUUUGUUUUUGCUACGUCUGAUUGUUUAUUUGAUUAAAUAUGUGGUUAUAUUUUAAAUUUUUUUAUUCCUUUAAUUAAAUUUCUGUGGGUUAUAAUUCGUCCUCUCACUUUGGCUAUUCGUUUGGCUACUAAUAUAAGCUGUGCUCAUGUGGUUUUGUUAAUGUUUGGUUAUUUUUUUAAAUUUAAAAUUUUAUAUGUGAUUUAUGAUGUAUUUACUAAGGACGAUCAGAGCGGGAGGUAGCAUUGAUUGUCCUGAAAUGACCCAAAAGUAACACCAUUGCGAAGAGAAGGACCGAUAACCUAUAGCAAACUACCCUUCGUUUUGAAUAAAAAUACUGUCGUGAUUUUACAAAAAUUAUAUGUCCAAAAUUUAACUUCACAGAUGGCACUAAAAAACCUUACACAACUUUUCGAAGGACAAGAGCAUCUCCAUAAAAAAGUGUGGACACGAAAGUUGUAGAGGCCAGUUCCGAACAUGGGAGUAAGCAUUGUGAGUCAACGACGGGAAAAUUCUCUUUUGUUCGAAUGCGACGCACAAAUGCUUGUGCGAACGAGCUGAUUUUUUUCUAAUGAUAGAGGAGAGUUCCAAGUUUUUAUUUAUAAAGAAAACGUUUAAGAAUACUACUCAAAACCUAACACAAGUUACUUUGGCACAAAAAUUUAGCAUUUUUACUAAGUAAGUGAUAGCAAUAGUCCUGUCGGGUUUUCAGAAAUUUCAUGUAUAAAAGCAUCCGUAAAAAUCGAGUCAGUCAAUUUAGGGCUUUCCUUCUCGCAAAAAAGAAUAGAGUAAUCAUUUAACACAAAUAGUGUCAGAUUGUACAACAUAAGAUUCUGUAUCUUUUGACGUUAAAGUAAUUAUCUGUAAAUUGAACUGAGAGAUCAGCAACGCUUCGCUAAAGAAGUUAACUUUAUUCUGCACAUUUUAGAAAAUAAGAAUAUUUUAAUAUCCUGAAUAUUCUGCUUAAAUUUCGAAAAUAAUUUCAAAACAAAAUCAACAGUUCCCUAGAGAAUUAAAUUCUCUAUUCUUUAAGCUAAAUAUUAAAUAUUUAAACACAAAUCAAUAUAGAUAGGAGUUUAAUAGAAAAGUGGCUUCACGACUCCUGGACAAUCCUUUAUAUAUAUCUAUAUAUAUAUAUAUAUGAGUGAUUCUGAUAAAAAUAAAUAACGUGAAUCGCGUCGAUUCACUAGGCCCAUUGCCUGCAAGUCCACUGAGUGUACUCUCGGAAUUAUUAUUCAUUCUGUUGUAACUCGAUCUUGCUACUACAGAAAUGAUGCAUAUUUUUCGCGAUGAGAACGUCCAUAUUUUCCAUCUUAGUUUACAGAACCACUUGCUUUAGCUUUUCACCGGUGAGAAACAUUUAUCAGAAUUGCUAUAGUUCAUCGAGACUCUGUAAUUUGAUUUACUUUUAUCUGUCGUACAGAUGUUCG